CUUAAUGAUGGACAGGUGUAAAAGUAUUAUAGUAUCUUUGGUAUUACUGCUUGCCUUGCGAGCGAAUGGCGUUGAUUAUUAUAGCUCCUACUAUGGUACGAAAUUAUCUAAUGAUGACGUUGAUACGUACACAAAAAAUGGAACCUUGGCAAAUUGCACAAACGCUGUCGAAAAAUGUGAUGCGAGUGAAUCCAGACGUAUUGAUGGAACGUGCAAUAAUUUAGCCCACCCGUUCAGAGGAGCCACACGUACGCCCUACUUUAGAUUACUAGAGGCGGAUUACAACAGGACUUCUGACACUGUAUUCGAUCCAAGAGUAUCAGCGUGUACCGGAAAUGCUCUGGUCGGUGCUAGAGACGUCAGACGCACUCUCUUGGUUGACGGUCGCGUGGAUGACGACAAACUCACCAUAAGCGCAACUCACUAUGCUGUGUUCUUCGCGUCUGAUAUCACCAGCAGCCAGGAUACCAUAAACUUUGUUUCUUGGAGACCGUACUGUUGUAAGCCAGAAGGUGCUAACGACCCCCAAUGCGCCCCCAAUCCUGUGCCAGCUGAUGACUACGUCCUUCGUUUCACCGAUAUUGUAUGCCUCAACAUGACGAGGCCUCUUACCUUCCAAACUUCAGGAUGUCUUGCUUCAAAUACCACGCCCCUUAGAAUUGUAGAUGCAACGCCGAUGUUUGACUUGUCUCCAAUCUACGGAAACGUUCUGGAAUCAGCUAGAAGGACCUUCACCAAUGGAACCCUUCGCACUGAAAUUGUUGAUGGAGCUGUAUUCCCACCUACAACUGGUGUAAACGUAGCGCUCAGCGAGACUUUUGUCGGUACCAUUUUAUUUUGGCGUUUUCAUAAUCAUAUUGCCCAAAAAUUGUUUGAAGUAAAUCCUUGUUGGACUGAUGAUGAAAUUUUCGUGGCAGCCAGAGAAAUUAAUAUAGCUUGUGGCAGCCAGAUAUUGUACUAUGAGCUGAUGGCGACAAUAAUGGGUGCCCAUAAUCUUAUAGCAGAUGAAGUCCUAUUGAACAGUUCAGAGUCAUACGGCUUCAGAGAUAUUUACGACGAGACCGAGGUUCCCCGGAUGUCUAUGGAAUUCCCAGCAGUAUUGCGUUGGAUGCAUAAGUUGCAGGCAGGACUAUUGAACUUUUAUGAUGCCAACGGUGUUUACCUCAAUGAAACGUUCCCCAUGGUGAACGUAAAUUCAAACAGCGCCUUUUUAAAAAAAGAAGGUCGCAUGGCGUAUGUUACUCAAGGAUGUUUCAGGCAGCCCAGCGGCAGGGUGAAUGACCAUGCGGUAGAUUCUGACCUUUUGAAUUUUGGACUAGGACGGUACCAAAGAGCCAAUGAUAUAUUAACCAAUGAUUUAGCCAAAACGAGGCACUUCGGUAUGCCAUCAUACAUACACUACAGGUCUUAUUGUUUUGGAGACAAAAUCUCUUCCUUCAAUCAAUUGAAAGGAAUCAUAUCAAACGAGGGAAUAGAAGCUUUGAAAUCUAAAUACAGUUGUGUAGAAGACAUUGAUUUAUUAGCUGGAGUUUGGAUGGAAGAGCUGAUGGAUAACGCUUUCGUUCCUCCCACUUUCUACUGCAUUGUCAAAGAACAGCUCUUACACAACGUAAAAUCUGAUAGACAUUGGUAUGAAAGAGCUGACCGACCAAAUGCUUUCUCUGAAGCUGAAUUAGGCGAAAUAAGGAAAAUCACUGCGUCAAGGAUGCUGUGCGACGUUGGUGACUCAGUAACCGAAAUUCAACCAAGAGCGUUUGAGUUACCAGGAGAAGGAAACGAAAUAGUUUCUUGCGAUGUCAUCCCCAAUAUCGACUACACCAAAUGGGCAGACAGCAGAUGUACACCAUACUCAUCGUCAACUCAAGCUAAUUGAU